AUGCGUCAUUUGUCAGCUCUGGGACCUACCAUCAUCUUGGUGAUGUGGAUCGAGACAUUUGCUGCAGCGGUAUUCGUAGGACUACGGAUGUACACUCGAUAUUAUAUCGUUCAAGCCACAGGUUAUGAUGACUGGCUCAUUGUGGCCAGCAUUUUAUUGUUCAUAGGAUACACCUCCUUUUGUACUGUAGCCGCCGUUUAUGGAUUAGGAUCGCAUUUUUUGGAUAUCACGGAGGCUCAAUUCGUCUUGUCCAAUAAGAUGGAAGUCGCUGGCCAAACUUGCAAUAUCAUCGCAAUCGCCACCAGCAAGUCCUCCGUAGCGGUCUUCCUUCUCCGUCUCGUCGUUGUUCCUUGGCAUAAGGUUUUCCUUUGGGCUUGUAUCGUCAGUACCUUUAUUGUAUGCAUCAUCUGCGCCACUCUCGACUUCUUCCAAUGCUCACCAAUGCCGGCAAUUUUUAACCCGUCCAUACCUCAUACUGUUAAUUUCAAUUUCACGGCGAAUGCAAUUUUCUCGGGAGGUUAUACGGCUUUGAUGGAUUUUGUCUUGGCUCUUUUCCCGUGGUAUUUCUUAGCUGGGGUUCGGAUUAGACGGAAGGAAAGGUUGACUAUUUCGUUUGGUCUUACUUUGGGUGUUUUUGCAGGAAUCUGUGGUAUUGUGCGAGCCGUUGAGCUUGGAGGGUUAGCAUCUCGGUCAGAUUAUACUUACGACACAGUACCACUCAUCCUCUGGGGCUCGAGCGAACUUCUAGUCGCUAUCGUCUGCGCCUGUAUCCCCGUGCUUCGACCCCUCUACAAGCAAUUGCGCGGUCAAGAAAAACAAUCCAACGAGUCUAGCGGUCCCUAUCCCAAUAGAAGCGGAAGUAAAAUAGGUCACGGGUACGCAUUAAGUUCUAUGCGUCGCGACGAAUUUGCGGCGAAUGAAAGGGGCGAGGGAACCUCGAAUUCUUCACAAAAUAAUAACGCGCAAGAUGAUAUUGAGAGGGAUGCAACUGGUUUGGAUAAUGGAAGUGAUGAGAGUAUUUUGAGGGAUGCGUGGAGGUAUGGGAUUAAGGAGACGACGGAGGUUCAUGUUACGUAUGGAUAG